UCUUCUACCGUAGAAGCUUGAAAGACAAGAAAAACAUUUAUGUCUCUCAAAAUCAGUAGGCAAUUUGUUGGCAUAUUCACAAUUAGUUAGAAUUAGCAUCACACUGUUAUUUUUCUUUUGCAUUUAAAACCAGCAACAUAUUUGUUUCUUCACUCUAUCAUCUAAUUCCAGUAUCCUCUCUCUCUCUCUCUCUCUCUCUCUCUCUCUCAACAAAUCUGAUAUUGUGAGUAUACAAUUUUCGAAGAUGUGUCUUUUUUCGCUGGAAAUGUCAUAGUUUCCUGAUACUUUACCGAUUAAAGUUGAUCGAAAGAUCUCUGGGUAUUGUCUGGAACGAGUCUUGCAGUAAUGGGUAAUCGGUUUAUUUGCAUGACAAAGAAGGAGGUCAAAGAAAAUGGCUCCAGGAGCAAGAGAAUGGGACGGUCUCAAAGGAAACUGCUGGCUGAGGAGGAGUACUUGCACAAGCAGGCUUUAUCUAUGGCUCUCCAUCAGCACCAGUUGUCUCAAAGGUUCGAAGGAUCCAUGUCGCGGCGAAUCGGGUCGACAAGCUCUAGGAGACGCAAUCUCCCUGACGACCCAAUCUCUAAUGAAAAGCAGGCGCCGGAUUUUCUGGAAAAGAUGAUAACAAAAAAAUUUAUUCUAAUACACGGGGAAGGCUUUGGAGCAUGGUGCUGGUACAAAACCAUUGCUCUGCUGGAGGAGUCGGGAUUGCUUACCACUGCCCUUGAUCUUACGGGAUCUGGUAUUGAUCUGACGGACACAAAUAGCAUCGCUACACUGGCGGAGUAUUCAAAGCCAUUGAUUGAUCAUCUACAGAGCCUUCCCGAGGAUGAAAAGGUCAUUCUGGUUGGUCACAGCAGUGGAGGUGCAUGCAUAUCUUAUGCAUUGGAACAUUUUCCACAGAAGAUAUCAAAAGCAAUUUUCCUUUGUGCCACAAUGGUAUCUAAUGGCCAGAGGCCUUUUGAUGUGUUUACUGGAGAGCUUGGUUCUGCAGAACGCUUUAUGCAAGAAUCAAAAUUUUUGAUUCAUGGGAAUGGAGAAGACAAACCUCCUACAGGAUUCAUGUUUGAGAAAGAGCAAAUGAAAGGACUAUAUUUCAAUCAGUCCCCUACGAAGAAAAAUGUGAUGCAUUACAUUAUCUCCGCGCCUGGUUUGGUCUGUUCACUCCAGGAUGUUGCUUUGGCCAUGGUAUCCAUGAGACCCAUCCCGCUAGGUCCAAUCAUGGAGAAAGUAUCAUUAUCACCAGAAAAGUACGGAACUGGCCGGCGAUUCUACAUUCAGACAUUGGAUGAUCGGGCACUUUCACCUGAUGUCCAAGAGAAGCUAGUGAGGGAUAACCCACCCGAAGGAGUUUUCAAGAUCAAAGGCAGUGACCACUCACCUUUCUUCUCAAAGCCACAAUCGCUGCACAAAAUUUUGGUUGAAAUCGCUCAAAUUCCAUAGCGCAUCAGGAAAUGCGCUCCUUUUAUAUUUUUCGUUCCUUUUCCUCUAGUAACUUUUCCCGUUCUUACAAAUGCAAGAAGUAGUUGACUGAUUACCAGGCUUUCGAGAUGGUACGCCAUUGUUGUAUGUAGAAGUACAAUGAGGCCCCGUUGGCUGAUA